AUGAAGAGCUUUCCGUCUGUGUGGGGUCAUCGUGUUUCCUCUGUGGUUACUUGGGCUCUGUUGGAUGUCAACCUGGCUGGCAACGACUGCUUGAUAGCUGGAGACUUGUGUUCAAGCGAUGACACCUGCAGCCCCCGCCUGCGCACGCUACGCCAAUGCGUGGCGGGAAAUGGCAGCAUGAAGCUGGGCCCUGGGGCCAGAAGCCAAUGCGCCAAUGCGGUGUCUGCCCUGCUGUCCAGCCCUUUGCAUGGCUGCCAGUGUAAACGGGGCAUGAAGAAGGAGAAAAACUGUCUGAGCAUCUAUUGGAGCCUUCAUCAGUCAAUCAUUCAUGGACUCAACUUGGUGGAGAGUUAUCCUUAUGAGACUGUGCAGAGGGAUUAUGACUACGUCCGUUUGGCCUCUAUCACAGCAGAUUCUGAUGUUGGCAUGGCAACUGUGAACCGCUGCUUGGAUGCGGCCAAAGCUUGUAACGUGGACGACUUGUGCCAGAAGCUGCGCACAGAAUAUGUCUCGGCUUGCAUCAAACCCACCACAAAAUCAGGCCUGUGCAACAAAAUGAAAUGCAACAAAGCCCUGCGCAGGUUCUUUGACCGUGUCCCUGCCGACCAUACGCAUGAGCUUCUCUUUUGCCCCUGCACGGACACAGCCUGUGCGGAACGUCGCAGGCAGACCAUCGUUCCCAGUUGCUCCUAUGAAAGUGUGGAAAAGCCCAGCUGCAUUACGCAGAGGAGGAUCUGCGAGGCUGACUACGUUUGCAAGUCUCGUCUGGCACAAUUUCACUAUGACUGCGAACCCUCUGAAGUGUCUACUAGUGGUUGCAAGCAAAGAAACUAUGGUGCCUGCCUCCUCGCCUACACAGGACUCAUAGGAAGCACAAUCACACCCAACUACAUCGACAACACCACAUCUAGUGUGGCGCCGUGGUGCUCCUGCUCGGCCAGCGGCAACCAGAGACAAGAAUGCGAAGAUUUUCUGGGCUUCUUCACAGACAACAUCUGUCUGCGGAAUGCCCUCCAGGCAUUUGGAAGCGAAUCUGACCAGCAGCCAACGGCGGGCCAUUCUAACACCCUCAGCCCCGCCCUCCGCGGAAGAGAAAACAGGAGCAGCACUUCCUCGCCGGAAAACACAGUAACCAGGCGGAACAUUCUAGAUACAAAAAUACCCACACAGGCGAUGGGAAACGAACUCCUGGUGGGCCAAGUCACUUUAUCGUCCAAAAGCCUCCCAAAUGCAGCAUCCCUUCAUGGCCUCCUGCCUUCAACUGCUAUCAGCCUUCUGUUGUUUCACUUUUUCAGUAGUGGAUACUAA